GGCUGUUCUAUUUUUACUGGCCAGUUGCCGGAGGCCACAGGUUUCAUAGCCUGCCCUCAGCUCUGCCCCCACACUCUGCAGUCUGUGCUGAGGCUCAGGCCAGCCCGGCUCCACGAGGACUAAACUAGGCGCUCUUAGCUCUCUUUGCCCAUCUCAGCUGCACAGAACACGAGCAGGUACCGCCUUGAUACCACCAUGCCGGAAGUUGAGAGGAAAUCCAAGAUCACUGCCUCCCGCAAACUCAUGCUGAAGAGCCUGAUGCUAGCCAAGGCCAAGGAGUGCUGGGAGCAGGAACACGAGGAACGAGAGGCUGAGAAGGUGCGGUACCUAGCGGAGCGCAUCCCCACACUGCAGACCCGAGGCCUGUCCCUCAGCGCCCUGCAGGACUUGUGCCGAGAGCUACAUGCCAAGGUGGAGGUGGUGGACGAGGAGCGCUAUGAUAUUGAGGCCAAAUGCCUCCACAACACCAGGGAGAUCAAGGACCUGAAGCUGAAGGUGCUGGACCUCCGUGGGAAGUUCAAGCGUCCACCCCUGCGCCGGGUCCGUGUCUCGGCUGACGCCAUGCUCCGAGCCUUGCUGGGCUCCAAGCACAAGGUGUCCAUGGACCUACGGGCCAACCUCAAGUCUGUGAAGAAAGAAGACACGGAGAAGGAGCGGCCAGUAGAGGUGGGAGACUGGAGGAAGAAUGUGGAGGCCAUGUCUGGCAUGGAAGGCCGCAAGAAGAUGUUCGACGCUGCCAAGUCCCCGACCUCACAGUAGAGGUUGCCUUGCCGUAUGGCACUAUGGGAUCGUGCUUUGGGCCCCUUCCUCCAGCCCCACUCACCUAUCUUCCUGCCAAUGCCUAGAGCAUCCCUGCUUCACCUCCCCCCUCUCCCCCCAGCCUACAUGGCCACCUUUGGAGCCAGGAUGAGAUGGCGCACUGAGGAGCAGAGAGAAGCGAGUGGCGGAGAACUCAACCUACGAGGCACGCUGGUGUUACCCAGUCACACCGAGGGGCCACAGGCUGAGGCGGGAGGCAGAGAGAACACCUUCCCUACAGCCCCAGAUCGCCACCCUCCAUUUCUGUCGCUACCUGCAGUGUCCACCGGCAUCACGACUCUUCAUUAAAAAAAUCCAGGUUC